AUGGCUUUCAUGAUGAUGAAGAAGAAGAAAUUUAAGUUCCGGGUGGACUUUGAGUUGGAUGAGCUUUCGUCGGUUCCUUUUGUAAAUGGGAUACUGUUCUGUAAGAUCCGCUUGCUGGACGGUGGCAGCUUCAGUGUAGAGUCCACCAGAGAGGUUGUCCAAGCCAACAGCGUCCGCUGGAAGAAAUGUUUUUCCUUUAUGUGCAAGAUGAGCGCAAGUGCGGCCUCCGGCAUUCUGGAUCCAUGUGUAUGCAGAGUAUCCGUGCGCAAGGAGCUAAAAGGUGGAAAAGCAUAUGCCAAGCUCGGUUUUGCAGACUUGAACCUUGCAGAGUUUGCUGGAUCUGGCAACACAGUUCGGAGAUGUCUCUUGGAAGGAUAUGACACCAAAAACACAAGGCAAGAUAACUCUAUCUUAAAGGUUGGGAUCAGUAUGCAGCUCAUGUCUGGAGACCCCUGCUUUAAAACGGCACCUUCCACCGGCACCUCUUUUGCAGUCCCUGGAGAUUCUGACUCUUUGCACGAAGACCGGAAAGGGCGAGAGACUAUGAAACUGCACUUGGGAGUUGCCGACCUUUCCUCAAAGAGCGCUUCCGUCCCUGACGAACUUGGGGCAUGUGGACAUUCCAGGACAUCGAGUUACGCCAGUCAGCAGUCUAAAGCAUCAGGAUACAGCACCGGCCACUCCCGGUCUUCCAGUUUGUCCGAGUUGAGCCAUCGGAGGAACACAUCGGUCGGUAGCGCGUCCACUGGUAUUGGGAGUAUUCCAGAACCAAAUGAAGAUGACGGCAACAAAGCUCCGACAUUCAACCAGGAUAUUAAAGAAGAGGGGUCUUCCUCCGAAAAGCUUAGCAGGCUUCCAGUGAAACAGGACUCUGUCGAGUCACAGUUAAAAAGAGUGGAUGCUACUCGAGUUGAUGCAGAUGAUGUAGUAGAAACUAUUCUCCAAAGCCAGGACUUUACCCUUGACUCAAGUGCUGAAGAGGAAGGUCUAAGGCUGUUUGUAGGUCCUGGAGGGAGCACUGCUCUGGGAAGUCAUCACUUACCAAACAGGGGGGUUGGCGCAGGAGCAUAUGAACAGGUUGUCAUCAAACGCUGAGAAGACUGGUUUUGCGGUGGAGUAUAACUGUCCAGCCAUAAGUGGUUUAAUACUUUGAAGACUUUUUAAUGGAAAGAAUAAACUUAUUUUUAGUUUUCCAAAUGAAGAUGCAUGCUGUGCUGCCAUAGGCCAAGGAUGGUUUCCUCAUCAUCCCUCCAUGAAUAUGAACAUUCAUUGUAUUCUUGGCAGAGAUCAGCCACAAAGAAGUCUCCCCUGAACAUGGAAUGCCAUGGCACUUUAACUGAUGUAACCCUGAUGAACUGCGACUGACAUCCCUCGUAUGAGAUUAGCUACAUAAAGUGGCUGCAAAUGUCAGGGUCCUUUCACAUGGGUAGAUGAUUGCCCAGCUGAGCACCAGUCUACGAUAUAAGUCAGUCUGCACUCUAUUUUUAUUUCCAUUUUCACAGGACAAUCAUUGGGAGUGGUUUUAAUGAAUGAUCAUUCUUGCAAUUGUUUGUUCAAACCCCUCCUCACAUAAUUACAUUGUUUUACACAGUGAUUUCUAUGGUCAUGUAAAAGAUACGAUCCAUGACAAAGGGGCAUUUUAUGGUUCAUAGGGUGAUUAUAUAACAACAAAAAUAGGUGACCUUGUUAAAGCUUAACUUUUAAUCAACACUAGAUAUAGAAUAAUAGCCCAUAAGUACAAUAAUAGACAAGAAUAUGUGCUGUACGAAUGUGCCUAAAUUACCAGUGCUCAGUAAAAGAGGAACGGUCUUUCAAAGUGGUGCCACCACUGGGGUCUCCAUGAUUCCAGUCCUGGGUCUCUGACCCUUAUCUUACCCUACUUGACCUGGCCUUAUACCUGUUAGAGGAGCACCACAAUCACCCUAUUGAGGGUUAUCCCAGUGGAUAAAUAAAACUCGCCUAUCUGGGUAUCCCUACCAAUUCCCCUAUGCAGCCUAGUGACUGCCCAGCUUCGUCAAUAGAGGUGGGGGGAGACCCCAGUGUCGGGCCUGUUUGUCCCUACGCGUUUCACUGGCUGUCGCCAGAUCAUCAGGGGACUAUCAAUCCAAGCUGAGUCUAAGUAGUAACAGCAUCAGACGUAUAGUGCAGGAUUUGGAAGCCGACACCUCUAUUGACGAAGCUGGACAGUCACUAGGCUGCAUAGGGAAAUUGGUAGGGAUACCCAGAUAGGUGAGUUUUAUUUAUACAGACUGUGGGAAGACUGUUCCUCUUUUACUGAGCACUGGUAAUUUAGGCACAUAUUCUUGUAUAUUAUUAAACUUAUGGGCUAUUAUUUUAAAUCUAGUGUUGAUUAAAAGUUAAGCUUUAACAAGGUCACCCAUUUUUGUUGUUAUAUAUUCUGUUGAGGGGGUUGCACAACAUUUAUUACUUUUGAUCCAGUAAGAUACGGUUUGUUUUCUUCAUAGGGUGAUUGCAGGGCUUGUUUACAUGGAAUGAAAGUUCAUGUUAACAUCAGUCCAGCUGAUCAGUGUCCUGCAAAAGGGGCUUAAGUCUAUGCAAUGCAUUCUCUUUAACUGCUAGCAUCAGUUCCACAAAGGAGAGUGUUCUAUGGGAUAUGAUGUAUUGUAGACACAAGACCAAGAAGGGAUAUCAGUUUUACAUAUGGCCCAGUAAUGACCGCUAACGAGUAGAGACUAGACAGCAGUGCAGUUCAUAGGCAAAGAAGGCAGAUAUACUGAAUGACCAUAAUAGAACCCACAAGAUGCAAAGAUGGCUUCGGUAAUAUUAGGUACAGAGUAAUAUUGAGAUAUCCAUGAAGACUGGAAUAUAUAUAUGUAUCUUCCUCUGCAGAGGUAUUGUAUGCAAUAUGCAUACAACACUUUGGAAAUCUGCAGGUUGCACAUGGAGCUUUAGGUAUUUUGCUAUCAAGUCUUAUUUUCAGGCACUUGCAAAAUGUGAGACUUACCAAAGAGAUAACUGCUAUUAUUUUAUUUGCACAAAGUCUGACAUCAGCAUAUGGAGGCUGUAGGAAUUCCUGGUAUGGAGCAGCACAUCCUCUGUGUGCUGCCAUUCAGACGCAGUCUGGUGCCAUGCCCAUCUGCUGGUCAUGAUUUGAGUAUAUCCCGCAGAAUGGUAAGUCCUGAUGCAUGGACACUAAUUCCCAGUACUAAAGAAAUCCUGAAAUCAUCACCGGCAGGUGGGCCCUGAGGACUGGAGUUGAGGAACACUGCGAUAGAGCAUUGUGUAGGAAAAAAAAACUCUGAAUGCUUCCAUAGGCCUACAACUGUACCUCUGCCGGAGCUUUGUUAUGUCUCUGUACAUCACGGAGCCACAGUAUGUUUGCAUGAGGCCUCAAAUGAUUGUUCUUAAAAUGGGGUAGGCAAUUUUCCCUUAUCUAGAUAAUUUUCACCAGCCACUUUGUACCAAGAAGACGUAAUCUAUGUUCCAACUGAUUGGGAGAAGGGUUGAUGUGUUGUACAGAGUAAUAGUCCGUUACUAAAGCCUUCACAACACAGUGAAAUUGCAAAAAUGGAAAUCCUAAU